AUGGCGUUCGACGGUACUUGGAAAGUCUACCAGAGUGACAACUAUGACAACUUCAUGGAAAAAAUGGGUAUUAAUGUGGUGAAAAGGAAGCUUGCAGCUCAUGAUAAUCUGAAGGUGACAAUUAAACAAGAUGGAAACAAGUUCACAGUCAAAGAAUCAAGCACUUUUCGAAACAUUGAUAUUGUUUUUGAACUUGGUGUCACAUUUAAUUACGCCUUAGCAGAUGGGACUGAACUCAGUGGGGCCUGGACCAUUGAGGGAAACAAAUUGGUUGGAAAAUUCAAGCGGCUGGACAAUGGAAAAGAACUGAAUACCUUCCGAGAAAUUGUAGGUGGCGAACUGGUCCAGACUUACACAUAUGAAGGUGUGGAGGCCAAGAGGCACUUCAAAAAGGAGUAA